AUAGAAAUACAGUUGAUGCCCUUUGUUCUUCAAUAUCCCCUCUCUCUGUUUUCAGUUUUCACUAACUCCAACCAAAAAACAAUGGAACCAUUACUACAGAGCAAGUACACUAGCUUGUUUUUUCUCCUUGUCCUUCUUCUUCCUCUUGUUAUUCCUUCGUUUUCAGGAAUAUCAGGCGUUGAAGCUUACAAGAAUUAUACAGUGGGUGACUCUUCCGGUUGGUAUGAAUCUGUGAACUAUCAGAAAUGGGUUGCCGCCAAGACAUUCAGCUUGGGAGAUUUUCUCAUUUUUAAUACGGACACCAACCACUCAGUUGUGCAAACAUAUAACUUGACGACAUACAAGCUGUGCGAUUACAACGAUGCUCUAGAAAACGACACAAUGCAAUGGUCGGCAGCUGAUCCGUCAAACACGGCAGUACGCGAGGUGUCGGUGGCAGUGCCUUUGGUAAAGGAAGGGAUGAACUAUUUCUUUUCAGGGGAUUAUGAUGGCGACCAAUGCAAGAACGGGCAGCACUUUAAGAUCAGCGUCGCUCACGGACAAGGGUUGCCAAAGAGUUUACAAAACCCAACCACACCCACACAGGACCAGUCCCCAGGUCCAGCAACAGCAAGCAGUCCCGGCGGGUCCCCAUCUCCAGGUGGUGACGGCACUGAUGAUGGUUCUGUCCCGGAUACAAUUGUUCCUGCCAGUUUCGACCAUCCCAAAGCGGAUGACACUGCCACUGGCGAUCAUGAUAAAGAUUCAUCUGGAUCACUUUGUGUGAAGCACAAUCACGGGAUGCUAUUUAGGGUUUUCAUGUUGUUAGGGUUUCUCUACUGCUGCCUUUGGUGAUUUGCUAGCUGAUAAUUUAUUCCUAGUUUUUAUAUAUCUUUGAGACUUUGAUUAUUCUUUUUUACUUAUCAGUUGAUUUCCUUUUCUUUC